AUGCGCAAUUUCGACGAGCCAAUGAUAAUUGAAGAUUCCAAAGCUGUGGAUGGCACUCGGAUCACAUUCCGACCCGAUUUUGCCAAAUUUGGAGUUGCUGGUCUUGACGACGCCAUUUGUAGGAUGUUUCGAAAGAGAACCUAUGAUGUGGCUGGAACGCUUAGAAACGUUACUGUGUACUACAAUGGCGAGUUGCUAGAGGUACCAUCAUUUCGCGAGUAUGUCACACUGUACUCACCGGAUGCUGAAGAGAACGACAUACUGUACGUAAAUGCCAGCCGACGAUGGCAGUGGGCAGUGAAACGAUCGACAAACGGCUUCCAGCAAAUCUCUUUUGUUAACAAUAUCGCCACUACUGGGGUGAGUACGUGA